AUGACCCUGCUGUCGGAGGACCAGUCCUCCAGGCCCCAGCCCUGCCGGCUCCCGGACCCGGGCAAACACAGCGGCGGCCCCCCGUUGCAGCCGUCCCCGGACCGCCCCGGCUCCAGGGACGACUACAUGGACAGCACGGAGGCGGGCGUGUUCGGCGCCGUGGAGCCGCCGCGGCGCUCCCGGGGCCGGCUCGUCCUCCACGGCCUGGUCAUGUUCGGCCGGGAGUUCUGCUACGCGGUGGAGGCGGCCUUCGUGACGCCGGUGCUGCUGAGCGUGGGGCUGCCCCGCAGCCUGUACAGCCUGGUGUGGCUCAUCAGCCCCAUCCUGGGCUUCCUGCUGCAGCCCGUCAUCGGCUCGGCCAGCGACCACUGCCGCUCGGCCUGGGGCCGCCGCAGGCCCUACAUCCUGACGCUGGGAAUCCUCAUGCUGCUGGGAAUCACGCUCUUCCUCAACGGAGACGCCGUCAUCGCAGCUGUGGUGGGCGACAGGUCGUCCCGGAGCACCUGGGCCAUCGUGGUGGUCAUGCUGGGGGUGGUGCUGUUCGACUUCGCCGCCGACUUCAUCGACGGGCCCAUCAAGGCUUACCUGUUCGACGUGUGUUCACACAACGACAAGGAGAGAGGACUGCACUACCACGCCCUGCUCACAGGCCUGGGCGGGGCGUGCGGCUACCUGGUGGGGGCCAUGGACUGGGGCCACUCGGUGCUGGGCCGCCUGCUGGGCUCGGAGUACCAGGUCAUCUACUUCUUCUCGGCGCUGACCUGGAGCGUCUUCCUCACCGUGCACCUCUUCAGCAUCCCGGAGCAGCCUCUGGCCAAGGACCCGUCGGAGCGCUGCCCCUCCAGCGCCCUCCGCCUGCUGGGCUCCCACUGCAACGGCUACGGCGCGCUGGCCAAAGACCCCGCCCCCUCCGGACCCCCCUCCGCGGGGGCAGACCUGAGGCCCCGGUCUUUCUCGGCUCUGGGGGAAGCCAACUCCGUGACCUCCAGCGCCAAACAACCAAACAAGGAGGCCCAGAAGAGGAUGACGUUCCGGUCCCUGCUGAAGGCCAUCGUGGACAUGCCGGCUCACUACCGCUGCCUGUGCGUCAGCCACCUGCUGGGCUGGACGGCCUUCCUCUGCAACAUGCUCUUCUUCACCGACUUCAUGGGACAGAUUGUCUAUAAUGGGAAUCCUUACGCAGAGCACAACUCCACGGCCUACGCCACGUACGAGAGGGGAGUGGAGGUGGGCUGCUGGGGGCUGUGCAUCAACGCGGUUUCCUCAGCUCUCUACUCCUACGUGCAGCGCUUCCUGCUGCCCUACAUCGGCCUGAAGGGGCUGUACUUCAUGGGCUACCUGGUGUUCGGCCUGGGCACCAGCCUGAUCGGCCUCUUCCCCAACGUGGUGGCCACGCUGGCGCUGUGCAGCGUGUUCGGCGUCAUGUCCAGCACGCUCUACACCAUCCCCUUCAACCUGAUCGCAGAGUACCAGCGCGAGGAGGAGGAGCAGCUGAAGCUGCAGCGGAGCAGGAAGACCCCCCGCGGCUCGGGCAUGGACUGCGCGGCGCUCACCUGCAUGGUGCAGCUGGCUCAGAUCAUCGUGGGCGCCGGCCUGGGGGCGCUGGUCAACGCGGCGGGCAGCGUGGUGGUGGUGGUGCUGUCGGCCUCCGCCGUGUCUCUGCUCGGCUGCAUCUUCAUCUCCCUCUUCAUCAGAUACGUCUACUGA